ACGUUGACUUUAUUUUCUCGGCUUUAAAAGGCAAAACUAAAGAAAAAUAAUACAUUGAAUUAGUAAAAAAUUAAUUGUUUUCAAAUUAUAGAAAUUAUUAAAACGAGCAAGUCAGGACGAAAAUUAGAAUUUUUGACCUCUCCAAGAUGCGCGAAAAUUUAUUUUUCAUUUUGUCUUUCUCAAUUUCCCGUUUCACUCGAUCCUCGACUUUAUUCAACAAUGGUGAGCCAUAAGAAAAAUGAUCGUCCUCGCCCAUUGUGGAUCUUGAAAAUCCAUAAACGGCUUAGCUUGUUUGAGUUCAAGCGUUAUGCAACAGGAAUUGGCAAAGACGACGGACAAGACAUCUCGUGGGUGCUGAAAGGAAAUGCAAAGAACAAUGUGUAUCAGGUUACUGUUGAAACUAUGGAGAAUUGUGAAACGGACGAGUGCAAGAAAGUGAUCUGGGUGCCCGAUGAGUUGGCAGAAUCCACCGGAACGAUGUUCGAAGAUUUCAAGGAAGACCAACCUCAGGAAUCUGUGUCUUCGAUCAGUAAUAAUGAAGCAAAUUGGGGGAGUUCUGUGAAUGAAUUGGACGAAAAUUAUGAAAAAAUGCAGAAAGAGGAAACAUUUGAUCCAUAUGAUUCGGAUUCCGAUACAUCCGAGGAUUCCGACUUCGAUGAGGAUUUUGAGGAUUCUGAUAAAACGAUGUGUUCUGGUCAAUCAUGAAAUUAACCAUUAAUCGAAAAACUUCAAACUCAAAAACGCUGUGAAUAAUUUUUUCAAGAAAUAAUGUAGUUUUAAAUAUUGUGAUAUACUAAUGUGAUAUAAGAAAUCUUAGUUUCUCGUUCAGAUUCCCAUUUAUUCUCUCGAAGCAUUGAAUAUAUAUAUAU